GUGGGCCCCGUGCAGGUGACAGCUCGCAGCAGCGCCCUGCGGAAUUGGGACACUUCUGGCACGUGACCCCGCAGGUCCUGAGGGACCACCAGACGCUCAGCCUGGCAGAGGCCACCAAGGAGGGGUUCCCUGCCCGGCUGCGGGUCCUGCUGGAGCUGGAGGGGAUGCGGCUGGUGCUGGAGCUGGAGCAAAACUGGGAGCUGGUGCUGGGCGCCGGGACGCUGCUCUACUACCUGCCCAACGGCACGCGGGUGACGCAGGAGGCCAGCGAGCAGGAGCACUGCUGCUACCGGGGGAUGGUGCAGGGCUUCCCUGGCUCCUGGGCCAGCCUCUGUGCCUGUGCCGGACUCAGCGGCCACCUCCGGCUGUCAGAGAACAGGAGCUACGGGCUGGAGCCGGACACCGGUGGUCCCCCGGGGCAGCACGUUGCGUACCGGUCACAGGAGGUCCGUCUGGCACCACGGGCCUGUGGACAGGACCUCCCAGACCCCCCCUGGGAGGAGGUGGAGGAUACGGAGCCCCCCUGGCCACAGAGGGGCAAGCGGGCAGUGGUGGAGCAGCAGCGGUUCGUGGAGCUGGUGAUGGUGGUGGACCACGCUGCGUUCCAGAAUUACCGCAACCUGCAACGCGUCCGCACCCGGACCCUGGAAAUCGCCAACCAGGUGGACGCGUUCUUCCAGCCGCUGGGAGUGCGGGUGGCCUUGCUGGCGGUGGAGGUCUGGAGCGAGGGCGACAGGUUUGCAGUGGGCAGCAGCGCCCGGGCUGCGCUGGAGCGGUUCCUGCGCUGGCGCCGGGAGGAGCUGCUGCCGCGGCUGCCCCAUGACAACGCUCAGCUCCUCACGGGUGCCCACUUUGACGAUGUCUCGGUGGGGAUGUCGGCUCAAGCCUCCAUGUGUUCCCCCGCGCGCUCCGGGGGGGUCAGCAUGGACCACUCCAUCAGUGUCCUCGUCGUCGCCUCCACCGUGGCCCAUCAGCUGGGGCACAACCUGGGCAUGCGCCACGACAGCGCUGGCCGCUUCUGCGACUGCAGCGACCUCCGGCAGGACCGUGGCUGCAUCAUGGCAUCGCCCACGGGGCUGACGCCAGGCUUGAGCUUCAGUAACUGCAGCCGGCAGGACCUGGAGCACAGCCUGCGGCGGGGCCAGGGCUGGUGCCUCUCCAACGUCCCCGAGCCCCGGCGCCUGGCCGGCAGCCCCCGCUGCGGCAACGGCUUUGUGGAGGCAGACGAGGGCUGCGACUGCGGCCUCAGCUUGGAGUGCACCGAUCCCUGCUGCAACAGCAGCAGCUGCCAGCUGAUGCCAGGAGCUGAGUGCGCCUCGGGGGAUGCCUGCUGCCAGGACUGCCAGCUGCGCCGCGCCGGACACCCCUGCCGGGAGCCACUGGGCGAGUGUGACCUGCCUGAGUUCUGCGAUGGGGUCUCACCCCACUGCCCACCCGACGCCUUCCUGCAGGACGGGCAGCCCUGUGCUGGUGGGGAUGCUGUCUGCUUCCGUGGCGCCUGUGCCACCUAUGAGGGACAGUGCCAGCAGCUGCUGGGGACAGGUGCCGGCCCCGUCUCCAGCUCCUGCAUGGCCUCCCUGAACGCAAAAGGGGAUGAACACGGGCACUGCGGGCAGCUCCCCAAUGGCUCCUACGUCGCUUGUGCCCAGGGGGACGCCGGCUGUGGAAUGCUGCAGUGCCAGCACGGCAGCACCCGGAGGGACACUCCAGAAGGGUCCUGCCAGGGAACCCACCUGCCAGGGGACGAGGACGUGAGCGAUGCAGCCAUGGUGCUGCCUGGCACCACCUGCGGCCCUGGAAAGGUUUGCCUCCAGCACCGGUGCCAGGACGUCUCAGCGCUGGGUGACCAGCAGUGCCAGAGCAAGUGCCAUGGGCACGGGGUGUGCAACAACCACGGGCACUGCCACUGCGAGCGGGGCUGGGCCCCCCCGACGUGCGAGACCCGCGGGCCGGGGGGCAGCCAGGACAGCGGCCCUGCCAGCCUGGAGCGAGGGGGGAGCGCCCUGCCCACCGCCCUGCUGCUGAGCGCGCUGCUGGGGCUGGCCCUGGCGCUGGGGCUCUGCUGCGCCCGCCGCGCCGGACUGCACAAGCGCCUCUGCCAGCUCGGCAAAGGGACCUCCUGCCAGUACAGCGCUGAGACCCGGGUCCGAUUCCUGGGUCCAGAAGCCCCAGACGGCUGGAGCGGGAUCUCACAGCCGGAGCCCCGGUCGGGCAGCCAGGGCCCCCCCGAGCGCCCCCGGCCCCCGCAGUGGCGUCAGGCCACGGAGCUGCAGGUCAUGCACAGCAGCAAGGCCCGCCCCCCUGCCGCCGCCCGCCGGUGCCCAGCGGGAGGCCUGAGCCCCGGGCCGGGACCACUGCAGCGCUGGAGCCGCGGGGAAGGCCUCGCCGCCCGCUUGUCCCCCCCGCCGACGCCAAUAAAGGGGCUGUGAGCUGUC